AUGUUCAACACCGGUGCCCCCGCAACCUCAGACGCAACUACAACUAUAACAUCAACUACAACCUCCAGAUCCACACGCACCAUGACAUCCACCGAAUCCACCGCUACUGCUACAUCUGAUGAGGAUUCAAGCUCCAGCUCAAGCGCAGACUCGAGUUCUAGGUCUCGGACGACAUCGGCGGAGGAAACUCGGUCUACGUCUAGUUCUACUUCGAGGUCCAGUUCGAGGUCUAGCUCUGCUAGUGCGAAUGAUAGUGUCGGAACGACUGCUUCGUCUACGAGCUUUGCGCAGGGUGGGGAGACGGGGUCUGCUAAUGCUGCGCCUGUUAUUACGGGUUAUGUGGGGUUAGAGAUGGGGGCUGUUGCUGUUGGGGCUUUCUAUGACAUCGGAGGCUUUUUUUAG